AUGAUAAGACCAUCGAAAGCAACGAGGCGGUCGUUGUCAAGAAAGAGGAUAACGAGGCCGCUCGCAACAGAACAGGAACUCCCCCCCCUUCAAGGCAUCCCGGACGUUCCGGUCUACAAUACCGCCAACCAGCUCCGCGUUGAGAACUACGUGAACAACAUGCGCGACGACCCGAAUAACAUGCUGGCCAACAACAUACUGGCUGCGGAGCAGCAUUACCUGCAAAUCAUCGUCGCCGAAGAGCUCGCUAAUCGAGGAGUCACCGACCCUUCCCUCAUCAGAAACACGUUCCUCAAAAUCUCGUCGACACCAAGAAGCACGACCCUCUUGGCAGAGGAGGCUGCUGCUCGUGCGGCUUCUGCUACCGCCGCUGCUGGUGCUCAGCCUGAAGCAGCAACUGAUAUGGCGAUUAUCAUUCCGUGCAUGAAUGAAGACUAUCGCACCAUCGAGGGUGUCCUCCUGGGAAUUCCUCACGAUUGCCUAGUGAUCCUCGUCUCCAACAGCUCGCGAUCCCCGGUGGACCGCUACGAGGCCGAGCUCCGGCUGCUGUAG